GGCCGGCCCCCUUCCCGGCAUCCACCAGGAGGGCCGUGCACCGCCAUGGAGGACGCGAGGAAGGGCCAGCAGCCGGCGGCGCGCCGGGGUGACGAGAAGCAAGCUGCCGCUAAGGAGAAGGACAAGAAGGCCAAUGGCGAGAAGGAGCAGGAGCAGGAACUGUCCGAUGAGGAUAAGCAGCUGCAAGAAGAGCUGGAGAUGCUUGUGGAAAGACUGGGUGAACCAAACACUCAACUUUAUCGAGCUGCACUGGAGGAGCUCCGAAGGCAAAUUCGUUCUUCAACCACUUCCAUGACAUCUGUUCCUAAGCCACUCAAGUUCCUACGACCACAUUAUGAAAAGCUGAAAGAAAUUUAUGAACAAAUGCCAUCAGGAGAAAAUAAGCGAUUCUGUGCUGACAUUGUGUCAGUAUUAGCCAUGACCAUGAGUGGAGAGCGAGAAUGUCUUAAAUACAGGCUUCUAGGAUCUCAAGAAGAACUAGCUUCUUGGGGGCAUGAAUAUGUCAGGCAUUUGGCUGGUGAAGUUGCAAAAGAAUGGCAGGAGAUAGAUGAGAAUGAUAAAGCUCAACAUGAGGUAUUGCUCAAUCUGGUAAAAGCAGUGGUUCCCUAUAAUAUGGCUCACAAUGCUGAACAUGAAGCAUGUGACCUUCUCAUGGAAAUUGAACGUCUUGAUAUGCUAGAAGAGUAUAUUGAUGAAAAUGCAUUUUCUAAAGUCUGCUUAUAUUUAACAAGCUGUGUCAGUUAUGUUCCUGAUCCUGAAAAUUCUGAACUGCUUCGGUGUGCUCUUAGUAUUUUCCGAAAAUUCAACAGAUACCCUGAGGCUCUGCGUCUUGCACUGAUGCUGAAUGACAUGAAAUUAGUCGAAAGUAUAUUUGCUUCCUGUAAAGAUGUUAUAAUACAGAAGCAAGUAGCGUUUAUGUUGGGUCGUCACGGUGUAUUCUUGGAGCUAAAUGAGGAUGUGGAAGAUUAUGAGGAUCUGACAGAAAUAAUGUCAAAUGUCCAAUUAAACAGUAAUUUCUUGGCCCUUGCACGAGAAUUGGACAUUAUGGAGCCUAAAGUUCCAGAGGAUAUUUACAAGACACAUUUAGAAAACAACCGUUUUGGAAGCACUGGCUCCCAGAUAGAUUCUGCUCGAAUGAAUCUAGCUUCUUCAUUUGUUAAUGGUUUUGUGAAUGCUGCAUUUGGUCAAGAUAAACUACUGACAGAAGAUGGCAAUAAAUGGCUUUAUAAAAACAAAGACCAUGGCAUGCUAAGUGCUGCAGCUUCAUUGGGAAUGAUACUACUUUGGGAUGUUGAUGGGGGACUGACACAGAUUGACAAGUAUUUGUAUUCAUCCGAGGAUUAUAUUAAGUCUGGUGCCUUGCUAGCAUGUGGUAUUGUAAAUUCUGGUGUCCGGAAUGAGUGUGAUCCAGCUCUUGCUCUUCUGUCAGAUUAUGUCCUGCAUAGCAGUAAUACAAUGAGAAUUGGAGCCAUCUUUGGGCUUGGGCUUGCUUAUGCAGGAUCCAAUCGGGAAGAUGUAUUGGCUCUUCUGCUUCCUGUGAUUCAAGAUUCUAAAUCUAGCAUGGAGGUAAUAGGUGUGACGGCUUUGGCAUGUGGAAUGAUUGCAGUGGGCUCUUGCAAUAAGGCUGUCAAUACCAGCAUCAAGGAAGCUAUAACAAAAAAAUCUGAGCAAGAGUUGAAAGACACUUAUGCAAGGUGGCUGCCAUUAGGCCUAGGUCUCAACCAUUUAGGAAAAGGAGAGGCCAUUGAGGCAAUUUUGGCUGAUCUAGAAGUGGUUUCUGAGCCUUUCCGUAGCUUUGCCAAUACUUUGAUUGAUGUCUGUGCCUAUGCAGGCUCUGGUAAUGUACUGAAAGUCCAGCAGUUACUUCACAUUUGCAGUGAGCAUUUUGAUUCAAAAGAGAAGGAAGAUGAUAAGGAUAAAAAGAAAGAGAAAGAUAAGGACAAAAAGGAAAAUGCUGCAGAUAUGGGAGCACAUCAGGGGGUGGCAGUGCUUGGUAUUGCUUUAAUUGCCAUGGGAGAAGAGAUUGGAGCAGAAAUGGCUCUGCGCACAUUUGGCCAUCUUUUACGGUAUGGUGAGCCUACUUUAAGACGUGCUGUACCUUUGGCACUGGCACUGAUUUCAGUCUCUAAUCCACGGUUGAGUAUAUUGGACACUUUGAGCAAAUUCUCUCAUGAUGCUGAUGCAGAAGUUUCUCAUAAUUCUAUCUUUGCCAUGGGUAUGGUUGGAAGUGGUACCAACAAUGCUAGGUUGGCUGCCAUGCUGAGGCAAUUAGCACAGUACCAUGCAAAGGAUCCAAAUAAUCUUUUCAUGGUUAGAAUAGCACAGGGUUUGACUCAUCUUGGAAAGGGAACACUCACACUGUGUCCAUACCACAGUGAUAGACAACUGAUGAGCCAAGUAGCAGUGGCUGGUCUUCUCACUGUACUGGUCUCUUUCCUUGAUGUAAAGAACAUUAUUCUUGGGAAGUCCCAUUAUAUUCUCUAUGGACUGGUUGCAGCAAUGCAACCUCGUAUGCUGGUUACUUUCGAUGAAGAGCUCCAUCCUUUGCCAGUAUCAGUCCGUGUUGGCCAGGCUGUGGAUGUUGUAGGGCAAGCAGGGAAGCCCAAGACUAUCACAGGAUUUCAGACGCACACCACACCUGUGCUAUUAGCACAUGGUGAAAGAGCUGAAUUGGCAACUGAAGAGUACACACCUCUAACCCCAAUCCUAGAGGGAUUUGUUAUUUUGCGCAAAAAUCCCAAUUAUAGUGUGUAGUUUGUACCUAAUAUUUGGCCCUCUGUAUAUGGAGUUUCUUUUGAAGAAGUCAUCCAUAGAUCUAUGCCCGCAAAUACUGUUGAUCUAUUGGUGAAAUAUUUGCAACUUUACUCUUGAGCCAGUUUUGAAUAUUGGUUCAGAGCUUCUAUAUUUUAUAUUACUUUUACCGCAUGAUGGAUGUUCUUCAUUAAAUUUUGUUAUAAUUCUACAGUAUCUAAAUAAACUUAUUUCUGGUCCAUAAA